AUGCGCAGCAUGCCCAGGAAAAAGAACCUGGGCAUGCGAGUCGUGCUCGAUGUCACCAAGGGACUGAGGGAUCGCAACGUCACCUGCGACAAUUUCUUCACCUCUUACGAACUCGGGCAGCAGCUGCUGAAAAGGAAGAUGACCAUGGUUGGCACCGUUGGAAAAAACAAGCCCGAGCUCCCGCUCGCGCUGCUCUAGCCAAAGGGAAGAGCGGUGUUCUCGUCGAAAUUCGCCUUCACGUCGACCACUGCCGCGGUCUCUUACGUGCCCAAGAAAAACGUGCUGCUGGUUAGCACGAAGCACAUGGAGGCCAAAGUCAGCGACCGCUGCGACAGAAAGCCGGUCAUCAUACUAGACUACAACCGCUGCAAAGGAGGUGUCGAUAACCUCGACAAGGUGAUUGGAACCUACAGCUGUAGAAGGAGGGCCGUGUCUCGAUCUAGAACUCGCGGUGAGGGCAAGGACGCGGAAGUAUCAGAAGCCGCUGGAGCGGCGUCAGGAGAAGAUGACCCAACCCGGGCGAGGAAGAGGAAGAGGUGUCAGUUUUGCCCGCAGGCAAAGGACAACAAAACUUCCACUGUGUGCAGCGGGUGUAAGAAAUAUAUCUGCAAAGUUGUUCGUUCCCAUACUGCGCUGAGUGUGCUGCUGAGAAUUUGGAGAUGGAUUGAUUGACGCCAAAACACACACACACACACACACACACACACACACACACACACACACACACACACACACACACACACAAUCUAUCUAUCUAUCUAUCUAUCUAAAAUUAAAAUGACUAUAUUAUUAUUAUUUUUUAAAUAUCAUUAUUAUUAUUAUUAUUAUUAUUAUUAUUACUAUAUGUGUGUGAGUCUAGCCUGCCUGCCUGCCUGCUUGGGUGUGUGUGUGUGUGUGCGUGUGCGUGUGUGUGUGUGUGUGUGUAUAUAUUUCCACAUUGGGGGGACAGUGUGACCCCAUGAGACGUGGGAUGCAGUCAGUUGAACUGUCCACAACCGGGAUGACUAGUUUUAGAGGCAGAGAGGCAGCCUGGCAGGACUGCAUCAGAAUAGGAAAUACUUAUGACUUUCCAAAGAUGAAAAUGUCACAGGAACUGCUUAAAAGACAUGAGAGCAUAAUGAACAGCGAGGACUCGGACAUUGAGGUUGUUUGUGGCGACAUGGGUAAAAAGCUACACUUUAACCCCGUUAGAGCGGCAGUGGCAUUACAGCUGUGCAGAAAGCUUAAGGUAGACUGUAGACAGCAGUAUAGCAAAUUCACGGAUGUUUGUGAAUUAGGAGCUCCUUGUAAGAAUGUGAAGAUUAAAAGUGAUGGGAAUUGCUUCUUUAGGGCAGUCAGUGUAGCUGUGAGCGGUACCGAACACCAUCACGGAAGAAUAAGAGAAGCUGUAGUGAAUCACUUGCAAAGCAAUGAAGCUGCAUAUGCCAACAUUCUGAGAAGGGGUUACCUUUCGGUGUCAGACUACAUUGACGCAUCUAAAAUCAGCUCUCUAGGAAGUUGGGCAACAGAGGUUGAGAUUCAAGCAACAGCAGAUUAUUUGGGUGUCAACGUAUUCACAUAUUACACUGACCGUUGGUUUCAGUACAGUUGCAACAGUGUUCGGGUCUCUAAACAGGGGAUUUAUUUAGCAAAUAGCAGCAGCCAUUAUGAGACCGUCAUUUGUGUCACAAGUCCUCUGAAGCAGUCUUGUCAUGGCUACUGCAAAGUAGCCGUAGUUGCAUCAGAUACAUCCAAUUGUCUGACCUCAAAUUCUGCCUACGCUGAUUCAACAUCUCGAUCCGAGAUUGCUUCACCGUCACCGACAUCGAUUCGUCCAGAUAACACAGUGUCUGUGAAUGACGACGACUACUGCGAAAAGGAGAGCGAUGAGCGCGAGGAGGGGUCCCGCCGCUCUGAUGAGCAUAAGACUGCAAGGGACUUGACGAGCACGAGUGACCAUGAUGUUGAUUUUUACCGAGAUACUGACAGUCCUCGGAGCCGCUAUGAGUAUGACGAUUACCGCAGUGACACUGCAGAGCUAGAUGUUGAAGGACACUUCAGUGAAGAUGAGGCCUGGGAGAAUAAUCCUGAUGAAGAGUAUGACUGCUAUGGCUUGCUAUCAAGGAGACAUGUAGAAAAUUAUAUCGUUGAAAAUAUGGAGCAUCGUCCCUAUGGCGAUAGCCUUGUAACUCCAGGUGACAUGGAGGAUACCACUUAAGCUGAUUUACCACGUAACAGCUUUGUGGAUCAGCGUGAACUUUUCAACCACUCUGAUGAGCAUCAAACGCCAAGGGACUUGAAGGGCACGAGUGACCACGAUGCCGACUUUUACCGAGAUUCUAACAGUCCUCGGAGCCGCCAUGAGUAUGACGAUUACGACAGUGACACUGCAGAGCUAGAAGUCGAAGGACACUUCAGUGAAGAUGAGGCCUGGAGGAAUACUCCCGACGAAGAGUAUGAUCGUCGUGGCCUGCUAUCAGAAAGACACGUAGAAGGUGACAUUGUUGAAGACGAGGAGUAUUAUCCCUACAGUGAUAGCCUCGGAACUCCAGGUGACACGGAAGAUACCAGUGAAGCUGAUUUACCACGUAACAGCUUUAUGGAUCAGUCCGAACUUUUAAACGAUGAGAUCUGUAUCGUACUGUGGGAUUGCGAUGAAGAAGUUGAAGAGGAGUUUGGCUCAAAUAACCGCUACGCAUCUACCUGCUGCUGGACCGAAUUGCAGGAAUCGUGGAAAUCGUUUGUCAGUUGGCUGGGUGAGCGCUGGUGGGGCUCGGUGUCAGAAGAGUCUGUCAGGACCUUCAUGGAUACAUCUGAGAGACGUCGCAUCGGGGAUAUCGUCGUCUCGGCGCGCUUCGGUGACAUGCCCGGGGGAGUUUGUUCUUUCACAGUGAAGACUGAAAGUGGCCUGCUGUCAUUUCCUUUGCUUAUCCGUCAAAGAUGCUACGUAUGUGCUGACUUGGUGGAAGGUGAUUUUUCGUGUCCGAUCGACAUGUUGAGAAAGCUGGCCCGUGAAACCUACACACACUUGCUCCCCCGACCCACAACAAUACCUUCCAAUCCCCAGUACUUUUCUCUUACACGGGUAGUGGAUGAUAUGUGCAGCGUUUUAGAUUUGCUGAAAAGUGGAUGGUGUGACGUUUCCCAACCCCAUCGCAUAAUAGAGUAUCUACAAAACAAGGAAGGACCCUCUGUUAACCCAGCAGCAUUAAUUUGCUGCGUAGAUGAUGACAGUCCGGGAUACCUGUUUGAGAUUAUAGACGCCAAAGGGAAGAGGCUGAAAGUAACAUUUAAUAAAUUGGGCUUCACAUUUGGAUCGGGUCUACAUUUCUCAGGACUCACAAGUCUGCUGUCACAUAUCUGUGAGGUUGAUGGAGUAAACUUUGUGAUUAACUGUAGAUUCUUGCCCACUGCAAGCGAACUGGAGCGUCCGAUGUAA